CAGAAUGAUCCUGCAGUCGAGACCCUUCAUGCUUCUGUUUUAAUAUCGAUCGAUCUGCUGUGAUAUUCUGAUCGUCUAGGUACCUAGAUAGGUAUGCCAACCAAAAAGCCUGUUUAUCUUGAGCGCCACUCCUAGCAUAACACCAUGUUUGGUAUCUGGAGACACGACCCAGAUAGUCGAGGAGGUGGGAAUAUUCGACAAUCGUUUGUCCCGGCCAAUGUCCGAGUGAAUCCCCAGCAGUCUUGCAAAAACUGCCGAGCGAAGAAGUUGAAGACGGGUUGUAGUCGGUGUAAGACCCUCAACUCUAUUAUCCGAUACGCUAAGCCUAGCGAAAACGGGAAAUAUCGCCGAAAGCCGCAAACUUCAAAGAAGCCAAACAACUACCAAGAUUGGACGUUUGAUGGUAUCAAUGAGGAUGCCGGACCAGAGCCAUACGAAUGCCCUCCUGGGACACCGGCUGCGGAGAAUUGGACAAUACCUAUAGCAAUGGAAUUCGAAGACCACGAGAACAAGAUAAUACAGGAAUCCCAUCCACAGUAUAUUACACCAGACCAAACGCCUCGAACCACCAUAACAUCCACCGAUAAGGACCAUGAUUCGUCACACAAAACUCCCCCUCUCCAAGCUCCAGAUAUUCUUUCAACAGCUCUUCCAGAUGAAAUAGACAUAAGUAGCUGGAUUAGAUCACCAGUGAGUCUAGGAGAUCCAGGACCCGAAUUAACAGGACUGUCAGGGGCCGAAACAGGCGAGGAACUAGAAGCAGCCACCACUUCUCCUUCAUUGCCUACAUCACACAUCACAACCCCAUCCAGCAGCAGAAACCAAAACCUAAAAUUCACGCACUCCGAAACCUCCUCCAACGCCGGAAACUCGCAAGACAGGAACAUAUCCAUAGACAGCUCCAGCAGCGCCCCCAUCCUUCAAUGCAGCUGUCUAGCCCGCGUAGUCCUCCUACUAGACGAGCUCGAAUCGCCCAGCGACAACCCGGAGGGGAUAUCCAGCCGGCACUCUCUCGACUCGAUCCUCGCGUCGAUCAAAGAGACGUUAAGCCACGCCGGAGCCAUGCUGCUGUGUUCCUUAUGCACGACGAAGAUGGAGAACAUGACUAUCCUCGCCUUCCUCUUCUCCCACCUCGCAAACACAUGUCAGGUCAUCGCGGAGAAAUACCCGCAUGAUACGGAGUUAACCCAUUUCCACCGCUCGUUCGCGACGUACGGCCGGUACGAUUGGCCGUCUCUUCCGCGGCAUGGCGAUGCCGGCGCGCGGGAGGGUUCGGACGAUUAUUUCCACGCGUAUGGGUUUGGUGGGGGUGGGGAGGGCGAUGGGCGGGAGACGCUGGUCGGCGAGUACGAGGUCGAUUCGCCGCAGGAAUGGCGCGCGCUGAUGCGGGCGUUGGCUAGCUUGCAGCUACAGCAGCUGGGCUCCAUGAUGCAGGUCAUGAAGACGGUGCCGAUUGUCGCGGGGUGCAAAUCGCUUCUGCGGCGGCUGACGGCUGCGGAGAGUAGGCUUGCGGGUAUUAAGUUACGGAUACAGAAACGGGGCGCUGAGCUGUGAUGGGGCUGGGGGGUUAGAUGUUGAUAUUGGCGGCGUUUGGUGGUACAUAUGCAUAAGUUGGUAGCUAGUAGGUAUAUCCCGGACAUCGAGCACGGAGGGGAGAAGAGAGGGCUGGAGUUAGUGGUUCGGGAUACUGUAUCAUCAUCCAUCGGCUUACUAGCUGACGAGAGCCUGUUGGGCUUGCCUGUAGGAUAGCGGAUGGCAGAGUUUCGUUGAAUGUAGCACCACGGAAAUAAAUUGGAAAACACACGUUGUGUAUAAAAUCUAUGAACUAUCUUGACCCGCAGACUCAGUAACUUACGCCGCAUAGUCUGUUUGAGAACGUAGAUUUUCUUAAUCUUCUCGGCGAUUCUCAAUUAUGAUGCGCAUAUAAGCCGUGAAGCCUAGAAGUGGUAGUGACUCAUUAAAGGGGUAGGUCAUCGAAGUUGAGUGCUAGGCAGUAAUCCCUUUUAAGCCGAGGUCAAAAGGCACGUUCUCUUUCAUAUACGGCACUGCACUGUCUGUAAAAUCCGUUAUGGACUUUAUAAUUCAUUCGUGGCAAGUGGUCAUAACCUCAUACCUAGUACUUAAAGGAUAUAGGUGAUGUUUCGGGAUAACCGUG